AUGGCCAAGCUCACUUUGCUCACCGGUCUGGUCCUCCUGCUAAACGCCCAGAUAGGCAGUGCCUUUCUGCUGUCAUGUUACUUCACCAACUGGGGCCAGUACAGGCCAGGCCUGGGAAAAUACAAGCCUGACAACAUCGACCCGUGCCUGUGCGACCAUCUGAUCUACGCCUUCGCUGGGAUGAACAACAAUGAGAUCGCCACCAUCGAAUGGGACGACGAGACCCUCUACGCAUCCUUCAACGGCUUGAAGAACCAGAACAAAAACCUGAAGACCCUCUUGGCAAUUGGAGGAUGGAAUUUCGGGACAGCCAAGUUCUCCACAAUGGUCUCCACUCCCGAGAACCGCCAGACCUUCAUCAAGUCCGUCAUCAAAUUCCUGCGCCAGUAUGAAUUCGAUGGGCUGGACAUUGACUGGGAAUACCCUGGCUCCAGGGGCAGCACACCCCAGGACAAGGGUCUCUUUACCGUCCUGAUUAAGGAAAUUCUGGAAGCCUUUGAGCAGGAAGCCAAACAGGUCAACAAGCCCCGUCUCAUGAUCACCGCAGCUGUUGCUGCUGGCCUUUCCAAUAUCCAGUCUGGCUAUGAGAUUCCUGAGCUCGGAAAGUACCUGGACUACUUCCAUGUGAUGACUUACGACUUCCACGGCACGUGGGAAUCAGUCACUGGGGAGAACAGCCCUCUGUACAAAGGCCCAGCUGACACCGGUGCCUAUAUCUACUUCAAUGUUGACUAUGCAAUGAACUAU